AUGAAUAAAGAGAUGGACAUCAAACUACAAACUGACGCAUCUUCCGACCACGAUGUACAAAUAGGCAACUUCGCCAUUGACCCUGCGCGUGAAAAGAAGCUGCUAUGGAAGCUAGAUCUGUGCAUUUGUCCUCUGGUGAUGCUCAUUUUCCUCGUUGCAUAUCUCGAUCGCAGCAAUUUGGGAAAUGCAGCAGUCGCAGGGAUGCCAGAAGAUCUUGGCUUGGUUGGAAAUGAAUUAGGAAAUGCGGUCUCGUUGUUUUACGCGACUUACGUUUUUUUCGAGAUACCCUUCUCAAUGCUCCUCAAAAAAUUGCGACCAAACCGAUUGAUUGCCGCAUUGAUCAUUGGCUUCAGUGUAUCCAUAAUAGGAGCCGGUUUUAUCAAGAAUGUCGCAGGGCUUUACGUCACACGACUUUUGCUGGGUGUUUUUGAGAGUGGUCUUUUCCCGUGUUUGACUGUUCUUUUGACUACAUUCUAUAAGCGUGAAGAGCAGGCGCAAAGAAUCUCGUACCUUUUUGUUUCAGCUGCUCUGAGUGGUGGCUUUGGCGGUCUGCUUGCUUUUGGUUUAAUCCGCCUUGAUGGUGUGAGUGGCCUAGAGGGCUGGAGGUGGCUGUUCAUUGUUGAAGGACUAAUGACUGCUGUUGUCGGGAUUGCCACCUUUUUCUUGCUCCCAAAUGAUUUUGAGACAGCCUACUUCUUGAAUGAAGAAGAUAGGAUACUCAUGCGCCUUCGCCUACAGCAAUCUACACGCUAUGUCGAGACUGAAGAGUUCGAUAUAAAGGAAGUGUGGAAAACACUGAGGGAUCCCAAGACAUGGCUGACGUCUUUUAAUCAAAUUUGCGUCAACAUUUGCUCUUUUGGCUUCAGCACUUUCUUGCCCACAAUCAUCAAGGGGUUUGGCUAUGAUUCUGUGAAAACACAGCUACUCACCGUUCCUGUCUAUAUCUGGGCCUCCGCUUUCUACUUGGUGAUCGCCAACCUUUCCGACCGAGUACGGAUGCGAGCUGUCUUCAUGACUCCACUUUGUUUGGUGAGCGCUGUGGGCUACGCUAUGCUUCUGGGGGUAGAUGUCCAUGCGCGGGGCCCGCUAUACUUCGCAACAUACGUCUGUGUCACUGGGUAUGGAUAUUCAAUCUUUGCAACUCCCAUUUUCAGAGAGCACGGUUUAAUAAUUAUUCGCAGUAUUUACGCCACAGUCGGACUCGGCGUCAGUUGGAACGCGAAUAGCCACUCCGGUUAUUAUAAGCGUGCAAUGGCAGUGGGUGUGCAGCAGUCGAUAGGAAAUUGUGCUGGAUUGAUUGUAAGUCAAUUUUCGGCCUCCAGGGGUACGUUAGAACCUGGCCAUUGGACUGACAUUGUCUCAAGGCAGGCCAAAUCUACAAGUCUGAGGUAA